GUGGUGGGAGAAGGGUGUGUGUGUGUGUCGCUGUCUGGCCCGCCUCACAACCCUUCGCUUCGCUUGACUUGACUCGCGCCGCCGCAGAUCAGGGCGAGAGGUCGGAGCUGCCUCGACGCCCAGCACGCCGCCCUCUCCGCCGCCCUCUUUACCAUAUGCUCCUCGGUGUUGGUGGUGCUUGUCUACAUCUGGCGGUUGGUGCUGAACGCGCGCCACCCCGAGAGCCUCCACGACGUCUAUUAUGGUGUCCAGAUCUCGUAUAUGUCGACGCUCGGGACCCACGUGACCCUUAUCGCGCUGACCUCCUUUCUCUUCAUCGGUAUCCAGCAGGAGCGGUGCGGCCUCAUCACGCCCUGGGUCGUGGCUAACAUCGCCUUCAUGGCCCUCGAGGCGGUCUGCUGCAUGUACUCCAACGUGCUGAGGGACCACGUCAAUAAGAGGUUUGACGCAGUGUGUCGCGCCGAGGUGUCCUUCUUCCUCUUCAGGGUGACUAUCAACGUCAUGGGUCUCUGGGCCGUCAUGCGCUUUGUCAGAAACAUCCGCGCCGGCAUCACAUACAAGGACCCCGAAGCCAUCGAACUCUGAAGGGCCGCGAGUCAUCAGGCCAAGAAGUGGUCAAGAGCUCGCCCGAAGAAUAAGAAGUCGAAGUCGAAGAAGUUGUAGGUUCGCGAAGUCGAUGGUUUAGCGAAGGUCAGAAAAUAUUAAAGUUCAGAGGUGAAAAAUAGUGGAAAAGGGAGGAGAAAAAGGUCAGAGGUCAGGUCAAGAGUUCGUCAUGUGUCGGUUUAUGGUUGUUAGUGUGUGUACGUAGCCGUGUGUGUGCGUGUCUGUGUACGUAGCCGUGUGUGUGUGUGUCUUAGGUACAGUAUGUGCGUGUGUGUGUGCGUCUACAGCAUGUGGACUUAAGAUUAUACUAGUGUGUGUACGUGUGUGUGUGUCUGUGUAUGUGUGUGUGUGUGUGUAACUAAGUAUCGUCUGUCCCUGUCUGUCUGUUUGUCCGUCUGUCUAUCUGUCUGUCUGUCUGUCUGUAAAUAGCAAAGUCACGCAGAUUAUAAUUAACGAAGUGAAGCAAUGCGAUUCACAGCAGACUUUCGUUACGUAAAACUCUUCGUAAUUAGGUUCGGUUACGUUGUAGACUUUGUACGUUAAUAAUAAGCUUCCGUGACAACCAACACACUUCGCAAAUCAGGAAGUUCUUAACUACUACUACUACUACUACUACUACUACUACUACUACUAUUACUACUACUACUACUAUUCCUUACCGUACCUAAUAAGACAUAUCAUAUUAAACUAGUCAUUAUUUAACAGAAACAUAUCUUGCUGGUAACAAAUAACAGACAUAUCUAGAUACUAUAAUAUUAAUUAGGAGAGAGAGAGAGAGAGAGAGAGAGAGAGAGAAGUACCUUGUAAAAUGUGAAUAUAAUAAAUCUGUUUUUUUUUCUU